AAGGGGGGUGUGGCCUGGACGCCCGUUCCUCCGGGGCUAGGAGUGCAGCACCGAGCACCGCUACCGGAGCCGGGAGCCCUCGCGGUGGCCCUUAGCCCGUCCCCGCUCCCCCCGGCCACCCAGGCGGCCCCGCGGGAUGAUGAACGUGCUGGCUCCGGUCCGCAGGGACAGGGUCAUCGCCGACCUGCCCCCGUGUUUUCGGAAGGAGGCCGCCCUGCACGCCCGUCCCGCCUUCCACCCCACGGUGGCCAGCGCCUGCCAGGAGCAGCGGACCGGCACCGUGGGGUUCAAGAUCUCAAAGAUCAUUGUGGUGGGAGACCUCUCAGUGGGGAAGACCUGCCUGAUCAACCGGUUUUGCAAGGACACCUUUGACAAGAACUACAAGGCAACCAUUGGGGUGGAUUUCGAGAUGGAGCGGUUCGAGGUGCUGGGGGUUCCCUUCAGUCUGCAGCUGUGGGACACUGCUGGCCAGGAGCGCUUCAAGUGCAUCGCCUCCACCUACUACCGAGGAGCACAAGCCAUUGUCAUUGUCUUUGAUGUAAAUGAUGUGGCAUCCCUGGAGCACACACGGCAGUGGCUGGCUGAUGCCCUGAAGGAGAAUGACCCAUCCAACGUGAUCCUCUUCUUGGUGGGGUCCAAGAAGGACCUGAGUACGCCAGCACAGUACAGCCUGAUGGAGAAGGAUGCUCUCAAGGUGGCCCAGGAGAUGCAGGCAGAAUACUGGGCUGUCUCCUCACUCACUGGGGAGAACGUGCGGGAUUUCUUCUUCCGCGUGGCAGCACUGACCUUUGAGAGCAGCGUGCUGGCCGAGCUGGAGCGCAGCAGCACCCGCAAGAUCGGUGACACCGUGCGGAUCAGCAGCAACGAGAGUGACCUGUACCAGUCGGCACCGCGCAAGAAACCCAAGUGCUGCCAGUGAGGGGACAGCCCCUGGACCCCCCCGCGCUCCCACCUCUGGACCAAAGAGGGGCCCUGGGGAGCCAUCCUGGUCCCCCAGCUCCCCUGGCCCCCUGGCUGCCCAAGCACCCACAGCCAGGAGCUCCAUUCAGCUCCCUUUACCUAUGCAAACCCAGGUACUGCUCAC